ACAUUUAACCUAUCGAAAAUAUAUAGCGUUACAUGACCUCUACUUUCGUUUAGGUUAAUAACUUCCAGUGACAUGGAAAGUAAAAAAUAGAAAUUACACAUUAGUUUUUCCUAUUACAAGAUUAGUAUCUUGCUGUUGUUAAAAUAACUGUGUUAAAAUGACAACUGUCCACCAGUCUACUGAUCAGGAUAUCAGAUUGACUAAUGGAUGUGGGUCUGAUCACAGUGGUGAGAAGAAGCAGAAGAUGUCGACUGACCUUGAGCAAUUUGAUGAGAUUUUCCCCGAACUUGUAGGGUUGCUGGUAAAUGCUGAACUAGAAGACCCAGAAAGAAAAGAUGCUAGUAGGUGGUUUAAAGAGGUGCUUGAAUACAAUGUUCCACAUGGGAAGAAGAAUCGAGGAAUGUUUGUUGUUAUGGCAUAUAAAUAUCUUAAGGAACAACCAAAAGAGGGUGACAUCAAAAUUGCAAGGAUUCUUGGAUGGUGUAUUGAAUUGUUGCAAGCUUUUUUUCUAGUGGAGGAUGAUGUAAUGGACCAGUCAUAUACCCGACGAGGACAGCCUUGCUGGUUUAGGAAGGAAAAUGUUGGACUGGAAGCGAUCAAUGAUGGUGUAUACCUCGAGUCAUGUAUAUACAAAAUACUCAAACAUUAUAUUCGAGAUAAGCCAUAUUAUAUCAACAUCAUAGAACUUUUCCAUGAGAUUACUCACUGUACAAUAACAGGGCAGUGUUUAGACAUGACAGUUUCCCCACCCGCUGGGACUGUAGACUUCAGUAGAUACACUAUAGAAAAAUAUAAUGCUAUUGUGAAAUGGAAAACUGCCUUCUACUCAUUCUAUCUACCUGUGGCAAUUGCAAUGUAUAUGGCAGGCAUUUCGGAUGAUUUCAAUCAUAAAUGUGCCAAAGAUAUUUUAUUGAAAAUGGGAGAAUAUUUCCAAGUACAGGAUGACUUCUUAGAUUGUUAUGGAGACGAGGCUGUGAUAGGGAAGAUAGGAACUGACAUACAAGACAACAAGUGUAGCUGGCUAGUCAUCAAAGCAUUACAGAAAGCUUCACCAGAACAACUCAAUCUUCUUAAGGAAAACUAUGGAAGCUCAGACGAGACAAAAGUUGUCAAAGUGAAAGCAUUGUACAAGGAGCUAAAACUUGAACAAGAGUUUAGAGACUUUGAAGAAAGUAGUUUUCAGGAAAUCUUAGAGCUUAUAGAAAAGUGUAGUGGAGAUUUACCAAAAGACAUGUUUAAAGCUUUCGUUCAAAAGAUUUACAAGAGAAAUAAAUAGAGUUUAGGUAUAUCAGACAUACGAAUGUUUUGAAUAUGACACAAGAGGCUGUUAAACAGAAGACAGUUAAGCAAUAUUAUAAUAAAAGGUACAUGUAGCUAAGGAGAAGAUAAGCAAUCAAGAAAAGGUACAUGUAGCUUGCUGAAAAAAGAUGCUCAUAUUUUGAUGAAUCUCAAAGAUUCUAUAUCAGGUUUGCAAUCAUCUUAAAGUUUGUGUAUGCUUCAUUUUUGGAAUGAUCGUCUGCUUUGUGUAAUGACCUUGACAAAACAUUCCAGAAACUCAACAUGCUGUCUCCUGUACCUUUCUUUUUGCAUUAUUAUUCUCAGUGCUGAAGAUUUCACUCUACAGCCUUUAUACGAUUUCCCUUCUCCCUACUUCCCUAUUCUUUUUUCACUUCUGAAUCUACUGAAUUAAUGUAAUCCACAAAAAACAACUUAAUCAUGAAUAUGAUAUUUUUGUUCAUUGUUUGAAAUUGAUAAUUUUAUAUGUAUGAUUUAUUAACUCAUCUGAUUUUUAGCUCACCUGUCACAAAGUGACAAGGUGAGCUUUUGUGAUCGCGCGGCGUCCGUCGUCCGUCCAUGCGUCCGUGCGUAAACUUUUGCUUGUGACCACUCUAGAGGUCACAUUUUUCAUGGGGUCUUUAUGAAAAUUGCUCAGAAUGUUCACCUUGAUGAUAUCUAGGUCAAGUUCGAAACUGGGUCACGUGCGGUCAAAAACUAGGUCAAUAGGUCUAAAAAUAGAAAAACCUUGUGACCUCUCUAGAGGCCAUAAUUUUCAAUGGAUCUUCAUGAAAAUUGGUCAGAAUGUUCACCUUGAUGAUAUCUAGGUCAAGUUCGAAACUGGGUCACAUGCCUUCAAAAACUAGGUCAGUAGGUCUAAAAAUAUAAAAACCUUGUGACCUCUCCAGAGGCCAUAUGUUUCACAAGAUCUUCAUGAAAGUUGGUCAGAACGUUCACCUUGAUGAUAUCUAGGUCAAGUUCGAAACUGGGUCACGUGCCCUCAAAAACUAGGUCAGUAGGUCAAAUAAUAGAAAAACCUUGUGACCUCUCUAAAGGACAUAUUUUUCAUGGGAUCUGUAUGAAAGUUGGUCUGAAUGUUUAUCUUGAUGAUAUCUAGGUCAGGUUCGAAACUGGGUCACGUGCGGUCAAAAACUAGGUCAGUAGGUCUAAAAAUAGAAAAACCUUGUGACCUCUCUAGAGGCCAUAUAUUUCAGGAAAUCUUCAUGAAAAUUGGUCAGAAUGUUCACCUUGAUGAUAUCUAAGUCAAGUUCGAAAGUGGGUCAUGUGCCAUCAAAAACUAGGUCAGUAGGUCAAAUAAUAGAAAAACCUUGUGACCUCUCCAGAGGCCAUAUUUUCCAUGGGAUCUGUAUGAAAGUUGGUCUGAAUGUUCAUCUUGAUGAUAUCUAGGUCAAGUUCGAAAGUGGGUCAUGUGCCGUCAAAAACUAGGUCAGUAGGUCAAAUAAUAGAAAAACCUUGUGACCUCUCUAAAGGCCAUAUUUUUCAAUGGAUCUUCAUGAAAUUUGGUCUGAAUGUUCAUCUUGAUGAUAUCUAGGUCAAGUUCGAAACAGGGUCAUGUGCGGUCAAAAACUAGGUCAGUAUGUCUAAAAAUAGAAAAACCUUGUGACCUCUCUAGAGGCCAUACUUUUGAAUUGAUCUCCAUAAAAAUUGGUCAGAAUGUUCAUCUUGAUGAUAUCUAGGUCAAGUUCGAAAGUGGGUCACGUGCCUUCAAAAAGUAGGUCAGUAGGUCAAAUAAUGAAAAAACGUUGUGACCUCUCUUGAGGCCAUAUUUUUCAUGGGAUCUGUAUGAAAGUUGGUCUGAAUGUAUAUCUUGAUGAUAUCUAGGUCAAGUUUGAAACUGGGUCAACUGCGAUCAAAAACUAGGUCAGUAGGUCUUGAAAUAGAAAAACCUUGUGACCUCUCUAGAGGCCAUACCCUUGAAUGGAUCUUCAUGAAAAUUGGUCAGAAUGUUCACCUUGAUGAUAUCUAGGUCAAGUUUGAAACUGGGUCACGUGCCUCAAAACACUAGGUCAAUAGGUCAAAUAAUAGAAAAACCUUGUGACCUCUCUAGAGACCAUAUUUUUCAUGAGAUCUUCAUGAAAAUUGGUCAGAAUUUUUAUCUUGAUAAUAUCUAGGUCAAAUUCAAAACUGGGUCACAUGAGCUCAAAAACUAGGUCACUAUGUCAAAUAAUAGAAAAAACGACGUCAUACUCAAAACUGGAUCAUGUGGGAAGAGGUUAGCGAUUCAGGACCAUCAUGGUCCUCUUGUUUAAAUAAAGCUACAAAUGUACUAGGUAUUUUCAUCACUUGACGGCUGGCAUCGGCGUUGGUGUCGGUUGAAAUUUUUGUUUAGGUCCACCUUUUCUUAAAAACUACAAGAGCUACAGCUCUGAAACUUUUCACACUUGUUUAUCAUCUUUAGGGGACUAUGUAGGCCAAGAACCAUAACUGUAACAUGCAUUUUGUCAGAAUUAUGGCCCUUUUUGUACAUAGAAAAUUUGAACUAUAACUUCUUUCUUACAUAUUGUCUAGCACUUGCAGACGUGCAAUGGCACCCACAGGCGGUGCUCUUGUUUGAAAUAUACUAUUGAAACUCGAUAUCUUGAACUUGCUUCUCUCAAAAUUCCAGCUAUCUUGAAGACAUUUUCAAAUCUUUUCCCAAAAACGUGCACAAAAUAACAUUUGAGCUGUGCCAUGAGAAAACCAACAUAGUGGCUUUGCGACCAGCCUGGAUCCAGACCAGCCUGCGGAUCUGCGCAGUCUGGUCAGGAUCCAUGCUGUUCACUUUCAAAGCCUAUUGGAAUUAGAGAAACUGUUAGCGAACAGCAUGGAUCCUGACCAGACUGUGCGGAUGCACAGGCUGGUCUUGAUCCAUGCUGGUCGCAAAGCCACUAUGUUGGUUUUCCCAUGGCACGGCUCAUUUUAAGUCACAGUUUUGUUAUCUCAAAGUAAAAGGCUCGAUCCCUUGGCAUUCGAGAUACUGAAUUUCAACUGUAUAUCAAAGGGCUGAGAGUUUGAGAGUUUUUGCCUUCCUGAGUAAAUAGAAAGGGAAGCCCUGACGGGGGUUUAAAUUCAUCCAUGUUUUUGUGCAAUGUCUUUGAUUGUUUAUUUAUAAUAUUUAAACUUAUAUUCGGUUAAAAUAGUUUUGCCUUGUUUUAUGCUGUUUUAUAUCAUAGUUUCACAACAGUUUUAGUUGUCAUUUAUUAUAUGAACUUAUCACAUAUUUAGCUUUACUGUUUUUGUUUCCAUUAUGGCAAGUUUUUUGGCAAGUAUUUCUACAUAUAGAUACAAUGUAUAUUGAACAGCUGUUUUGUAAAUCAUGACGUUUUACUUUUAUCAUCUGCAGAUGUACUCAUACCAACAAAGUGGAUUUUAUAUUAAAUGUAAAAACAAGAA